UGUCCUAGCAAUUAUGUCCUCGCAUGCCUGAUUAAAGGGCCAGCCUGGAAGCGGCAUAUGGAAGAACUGCUAGAGAUUUUUUUCUAUCUUUUUCGUGAAGAAUCUUAUUGAGUUGACAAUCCAGCGGACGCAAGACGGAAGAAACCUGAUUAGUAUAAGAUUUUUAUGCAGUGGAUAUUCCUCAGCUAUUGAUCUCUGUGCGGAACCCCAUGGAGCAUACGCGGAGUCUACUGACUUUUUGAGGCAGAGAAACUAUUACUGUCGUUUUAGAGAGAGUUAAACUUGCCCGUUGCUUGUGCGUCACGAAUUACAACUCCAGCCUCUAUUGGACCCUACAGCUGGAGACCAGGACGAAUUUUGCUGAUCCAGUGGUUGAAACGCCGGCUGUUGACUGAUUUAAGGAGAAAAGGACAUCUUCAGGUAUAUUCCGACAUUGGAGUACUUGCUUCUGUCAAGAUAGUCUGACCAGAUUCACGCAAGGUGUAAAACCUAUCGCUUUUGCUGAUGUGGAACAAGAAUCUAAUGGGCCCCAUGUCGUCUUCCUUCCCUCUGAGACCAUUAGUAAGAUUUUCAUGCCGGGUCAUCUGUAUUGAUAUCGAUGAAUAGACUGAUAUAACCAAAACCCAGCGUGAAAAUAGCGAAAAACGCAACCACUUGCUUGAUACAGUACCAGUCAUCAUGGCCGCAAGCUACAGCAACGGUAAUGGUUCUAUCCUGUUGAACGACACGGGCAUUGAAGACGAGAGUGUAUCAGCACUCUUUGCAUUCCAUAACUGGUAUAAUUUCUAUCAUGGAUAUCUCGCUUGUGUUGUUUGCGUCUUUGGCGUUGUGGCAAAUAUCUUUAACAUCAUCGUUCUGACUCGCAAAAACAUGCAGUCCCCGACGAAUGUGCUGUUAACCGGACUGGCCGUUUCUGACGGACUGACGAUGGCAGCUUACUUCCCUUUUGCCUUGUACUUUUAUGUGAUGGAAGGGAAAAGAACCAUUCACUCUGCCAGAUUUCUUCUCUUCUAUGCUAUAUUCAGUGUACUUGUCCACUCCGUGUCAAUCUGGUUGACCGUGACCCUAGCAUUGUUCAGGUAUAUUUUUAUUCGUUACCCACGACGAGGGGUGAUUUUAUGCAGUAUUCAUCGUGCUAAACUAGCAAUUGUUAUUGUGUCAUUUGCUGUGAUCGUUGUUUGCCUUCCGACCUGUCUCAUGUACGAAGUCACACCCAUGACAGAGAACUCAGAUCAAUGGGUUAUUUCGAUCAAGAGAAACGGCACGCUGGACAACAUAAUAGAGAAAACAAACUUCUGGUCCCAAGCUGUUCUAAUCAAAUUAGUGCCGUGUUUUAUGCUAACCGUUCUAAGCAUAAUGCUCGUGAAAACGAUGAAGGACGCUGAAAAAAGGCGCAAAAAGCUGCUUCAGAAAAGUCACAAGACUGACGAUGACUCAACACGGGAAAGGAAGACCAACAGAACAACGAGGAUGCUCCUGGCAGUUGUCAUCUUGUUCCUCUUGACAGAGACCCCACAGGGUGUGCUUCACAUCCUCAGUGGUACCAUCGAGGGCUUCUUCGAUACGGUCUACUACCCUUUGGGAGAUUUACUGGACAUUUUGGCUCUCAUAAAUAAUGGAAUCAAUUUUAUCCUGUAUUGUACUAUGAGUAAGCAGUUUAGGGACACCUUUUUGGUAAUAUUCUUCAAAGCUACUCGCGUCGGUGGACACCAUCUUGUCUCCACGCACAUGAGCACCAGAGAGUCCGAUUUAUAGCCAAGUAUCCUUGCAGUGUUGUAGCUAGCCUAUCAGGUAUUAUGUGACUCAAACAUAUGUAAAGUGUAUAUAUACAAAUGCUGAUAUGGAAUGUAUCUCAACUGCGGAAUGUUUGGUAGUGAAGUAUAAACAGAGAACAUACAAAGAUAGGCUGUGAAAGAAAUGAUGCAGGUAAUUUAUUUAGAAUAGAACAUGCCCUACUGGCUGUUAUCUUGUAUUUCAGAAGAGAGCGCAGUUAGACGUUGUUAGUAUGGCUGGAUUUCGGACUGUGUUGGUUUCCAAUAACGUGUGGUUCCUGAAUAUUUACGGUGGUAAUAGGAAUAAACAUGAAAGUCUGGUGGCUAAUUACCAGAAAUUUUUAACGGUAGUUUGAUCUCCACACAUCGUUCAGCCAUACCCUAUAAUGGAUAUCUUUUUGUAUAGUAUUUAUAUCAUGUCAUUUAGUCGUCCUCAAAUAGAAAACGGAUGCUAAAGUGGAGACAGCUGCUCUCUCCGUUUGUUUUUUUAUAGCAGGAUUCGUUUUUCGACGUAAAUAGACAAAACUGGACAUUUUAAUCUCACUCCCACGGAUUUAGAUUUUAUAAGAGUGUGUAACCGCCUCCUCUUUACUAUUAUUCUGAGGAGCCUUCCUCCCCCCCACCCCACCUGCAUUACCAAUGAACAUAAAACCCAUUCCAGAAAUAUAAAUGAGGCCAUUUUAAUCCUGAUAAAUAUGGAAUGGUCGAAUGCAUGACGUCAUCACACCAAGCGAAUUAACAAUACAGAACUUGCAGUAGUGUGAACUUCAGUUCAAUACCUGAAGAAAAACAUGGAAUGAUUCUGUAGCAGAAGGUGGUUAAAAUGUACACACGUUCUAAUUGCAUAGACACAGGUCAGAAAGACACUUAACUAUAGAUCAACCUGAACCCUCAUUUUGUUUUUGUUUUUUCAAAACUUAUCCGCCAGAUUGAGAUGAACGCAGGGAAAUGCAAGGACAUGUCAUUCAUAUUUAAAUUAUGUACAAAUUGAUUUUGUAAUUUGAAUCUGUAAAACUUUGCGUGUGCACGAUGAUGUUAGCAGCAAACAUGAGAUAGAAACUCGUUAUUUUAUUCAACAUUGCUUAGUUUACAUCGGUUUGAUUCUACCCCCUCGUAUCCAAUUAACAAAUGUGUGUUAUCAGUAAGCGUGUUUGUAUCUUCCAGUGUGACUUAUUGAAAACAGUCUCCCGUGCCUGGCAUUGUUAAUCACAGCAUUCCUUGUGCUGUGUGCCUUGUGUUAACGACUUACACUUUUAGAGCAGAUUUAGAUGUUUCAUGUUUAACAAAUCUGCAAAAAGGGCUGUCAAAAAGGGCUGUGACAGAAGCUGGUGUAUUCAAAAAUAUCAAAUUAAUUCUUGUAGCGCAAAAACCCAUGGUCACCAUUUAAAGACAGAAAAAGUUAUUUUGAGCAGAAAAAAAAAUUCGAUUUUUCCCUCGCUGCUUUUAAGUAUAUUAUGGGUCGCAAAUGUAAUAAAUUUUCAUAUAAAUAAGCUAUAAUAUAUCCAUUUGUUAGUUGUUGUA